GGGUUUAGUUGUUACCAUGAAUAUAUGCCCAUUGAAAAUGCCAGCUUCUCUGCACAUAACACCCCGCAUUUAACACACCUCUCUCAAAAGAAGCAGAAAAUAAGGGUUCUAUUUAAGACUCUUCCAAUUGUGGCAGAAGGAAACAGAGACAGAUCUUAGAAGAAAAUGGAAUCGAAGAAGCAAGCGGAAGAAGCCAUAAUGGCGGCAGCGGAGAGCGGUGAUGUCGGAGACGGAGACAAAGAGAUCAAUUCAAAGUUAAGCUUGAAAUCCGCUCUCUGGCACGGUGGCUCUGCCUAUGAUGCAUGGUUCAGCUGUUCCUCAAAUCAGGUCGCACAGGUUCUGUUAACGCUUCCAUACUCAUUCUCGCAAUUGGGAAUGGUUUCGGGGAUCAUAUUCCAAGUGUUCUAUGGAUUUCUUGGAAGCUGGACCGCUUAUUUGAUUAGCAUUCUCUACAUCGAGUACAGAAGCCGCAAGGAGAAAGAGAAUGUUAGCUUCAAAAACCAUGUCAUUCAGUGGUUUGAAGUGUUGGAAGGUUUAUUAGGACCAUCUUGGAAAGCAAUUGGAUUGGCCUUCAACUGCACUUUUCUUCUCUUUGGAUCUGUGAUUCAGCUUAUAGCUUGUGCAAGCAAUAUAUACUAUAUAAAUGAUAAAUUGGACAAGAGGACUUGGACCUACAUUUUCGGAGCUUGCUGUGCUACCACAGUGUUCAUACCAUCAUUCCAUAACUACAGGAUUUGGUCCUUCCUUGGCCUUGGCAUGACCACCUACACUGCUUGGUAUCUCACUAUUGCUUCCAUUGUUCAUGGCCAGGUAGAAAAUGUGACCCAUUCGGGCCCAUCCAAAAUGGUAUUGUAUUUCACAGGCGCCACAAACAUUCUCUACACUUUCGGCGGCCACGCCGUCACCGUGGAAAUCAUGCAUGCAAUGUGGAAGCCACAGAAGUUCAAAUAUAUCUAUCUUUAUGCAACUCUUUAUGUGUUCACCCUAACCCUACCAUCUGCCACUGCCGUUUACUGGGCCUUUGGUGAUCAACUCCUGGACCACUCCAACGCCUUCUCCCUCCUCCCCCGGAACGGUUGGCGCGACGCCGGAGUCAUCCUAAUGCUCAUUCACCAGUUCAUCACAUUUGGAUUUGCCUGUACGCCAUUGUACUUUGUGUGGGAAAAAGUGAUAGGGAUGCAUGACACAAAGAGCAUAUGUUUGAGGGCAUUAGCAAGGUUACCAGUGGUAAUACCAAUAUGGUUUCUGGCAAUAAUCUUCCCAUUCUUUGGGCCCAUAAACUCAGCUGUGGGUGCUCUCUUGGUCAGUUUCACUGUCUACAUCAUUCCUGCCUCUGCCCAUAUGCUCACUUUCAAGUCUGCCUCCUCUAGACAGAAUGCCGCAGAGAAAUUGCCAUGGUUCAUCCCUAAUUGGACAGUCAUGUACAUAGUCAACGCAUUUGUGGUAGUAUGGGUUUUUGUACUGGGCUUUGGGUUUGGAGGGUGGGCCAGCAUGACAAAUUUUAUCAAGCAAGUGGACACAUUUGGGCUUUUUGCCAAAUGUUAUCAAUGCCCACCAAAAAUCCUACCUUCCAAAAAUCAUACUAUUACUAUGUAUCACUAAGUUAAAAAACAUAGGACUAUAUUAUCCUAGCUAUAUAUCUUUUGAAUAAAUUUUC